AUGGAGAAAAAGUUGCUCAGUAAAGAAUGUAGACGUAGGAAAAUUCGUAAUCGAAGGACAAAUAAGGUUGGAGAAGCAAAUGUCGCCAGAGAUUAUGCUAUGCAUGCUUCAUCAGGUCGUCUCGAUAUCAACACAUUUUUGUCUGAUUUUGAGCCCAUAUAUUCGUCUUAUCGGACAUCAUCAAUAUUCAUUACCACAUUCAACGUUAACGGGCGUACACCAAGACUGGAUGGAAUACCGGGAUGGUUAAGUUGUGAAGGCAUUCUUCCACCUGACUUUUACGUUAUUGGGCUUCAAGAAAUGGAUUUGUCGCGACAAGCUUUCAUAAUGAAUACAUCAACACGACACGCGGAAUGGAAAGUCAUUAUUGCAAAAUCUUUUCCUAAAGACAUUGAAUAUGAUCUGAUAGGUGAAAUACGAUUGGUGGGUAUACUGUUGGUGAUUUACCGACGUGUAGGCAGUAAAAUCAAAGCACGUCCAUCCGAAAUUGAGGCAAUUGUAAUACCGACCGCUCGAUAUAAUGCACUUGGCACAGUUCUGAGUGAUAAGGGUGCUGUUGCGAUCAGCAUGUAUAUGAAUGAUACAGCAGUUUGCUUCGUGAACGGACACUUCGCCGCUCAUAUUGAAGGAAAUGAAAAACGCAUCAUGGAUUAUAAACAUAUCGUCGAACGUAUACGUUUUCAUCGAAAUGGUAUAACACUUUUCGAACAUGAUGCUGUUUUUUGGUUUGGUGAUUUGAAUUUUCGCCUGGACACUGCAUAUGGUAUGAGCAACAAUGAAUUACGUGAAUUAUGCAAUGAUGAUGAUGCAUUCAGAGACAUGAUUGUUUACGAUCAGCUUAAGAGAGCGAUGAAACUCAAAAUUAUAUUUAAAAAUUUCAAAGAACCGGAAGUUUUGGAUUUUCGUCCAACUUUCAAAUAUGAUAUUAAUUCCGACAAAUGGGAUAGCAGCAAAAAAAAACGUGUUCCGGCUUGGUGCGAUCGGAUUUUAUGGUGGAAUCAGAAGGGGAUUCACAUCAGACAGAAAUUUUACGACAGCAUACCAUCUAUCAAAUUUUCAGAUCAUAGGCCAGUUAGGGCUCUUUUUUACUUGGGUGUACGAGAAAUUGAUUUAGCCGAAUAUGAAAAAGCUUAUCGAAGAGCAUUCAGAGAAGCAGGUCGUCGUUGCAAUGAUUUCUCGUGA